AUGCCUGAAAAUUUAAUUGGUUAUUUAUUUUUUGGCUCAGAAUACAAUGGAAUUGUAGAUUAUCUGCAGAAAGUGAAGGAGUAUUUGAUAAAUACAAUCUCACACCUUCAAGAGGCAGAAAAUAAAUUUUUUGCUGCAAGCUGCAGACAAGAUGGUGAUUCUCAGAACCAGACUGAUGAAAAUGGUUUUAGAGAAACAGAUGUGCAUUUUUUGGAAGGAGAAGCAACAGGCUCUUUGCAAGCAUCUUCCAGUUUCAGUCAGCAAUUCCAAAGAACUCCUUCCCUGAACAAGACAGAAUGUCAAAAUGUUAAUCAAACCCACACAAGUAAAAUUAAAACUGUGGGAAAAGUUGCAUCCUCAGCUGAAAACAAAUCUGCUCAAAAACAGAACACCAGCAGAGAAUCUCCAAUGAAAAUGGAAGAUGGUGAACACCAACUACUGGUUGUGUCUUUUACAGAGAAAAAAGAGUGCAAUGGAAAGGAUAAACUUCAUGGAAAUAGCUUUGUUACUGAAAAGUCUCCAGAACUGGCUUUUCAGGAUGCUCUUACAAGCAGUGAGGAAGACAUUCUGUCUGGGACAUUGAAAGACAUUUAUGACAGAGGAAUCACAAAUCGUUUUGAACAGGAGAAAAAGGAAGUAGUCAGAGAUAAUUUAAAAAGACUACAAAGUGAAGACCACAGACUGACAGAGAAAAUUGAAGACAGUAAAAUGGAAAAAAAUAAUGAGAUUUUUAAAAAUUACCUAAGUACCUUCACAUCUUCAGCACAAACCUAUGAUCUCACUGAUGUAAAUCCUUCCAUGAGUGAUUCAGAAGCACAAAAAACUAGAAACUGGAUGAACAAAGAAUUUCUAGUCAAAGGGAGUGGUAAAAAUAAACAGGAAAUAGCUUGCUUUAUUAAAGCCCCUGCAAGUGUUCUGGAGAAUCCAAAGUGUAAUAUACUCAAUGACACUAGUUCCUUGCUGGUGGAUGAUUCUGAGGAGUUGGUCAGCAAUGUCAUCAGUAUCGAAUGUUAGGAUUAUGAACUACUUUUCCCUAUCAACAUUGCAAUCCCAUUUACGUCAUGCUUCAGAGGAAAUUAUUGGGAGAUUAUGGUGAAGGUGACUGAUAUGAACUUUCAGUCAAACUACUUAACUCCUCUUUCUUUGCAAGGAUACCAAGGAAACCAUAAGGAAAGCUUUGCAAAAGUGAAAAUUUAUCAACUUGGUGUCUUUUCUGUGUUGUCCUGCUUAAAGAAGGAAACAUUUACUGUUCCAAAGGUAGGACUCUUACAAAAGCUGAACGUGGAUUCUAGAAUCUCUUUCUGUUGCCAUCCAGAAGCAUUCAGUUCUCCAGCACCUAUGGAGUUAAAGAUUCACCCAAUUGAGCCAUCAUCGGUUUCAGCAUUGAAAGCAAGACUUGAUAGAAACAUGUAUCACUCAGUGAUAUCUACUAGUGCACUGGUUCAUGUCCAGCAUCCUUCUGCCCAACCUUUUAACAGCUUAGUCACUAUUACUCUACCCUGUCCUCCAAACCCAGACAAAAAAAGGCAAGGAGAUGAGACAGAACAUCCAAGAGCCUUCAGUGCUACAGUAAAGAGGGUUGCUGCAGCAUAUCAUCCUUGGGCUAAAAAAGCUAGCUACAAAGAUAUGCCUACUACUGAAGCAAGUUUAACUCAGAUGUUCAACAAAACUGCAGAGAAUGGAGAAGAUGUCAGGAAAGUCUGCAGACUGAGUUUUCAUUCACAAAGACAAACAAGGCUGCAGCUCCAGAGUAACGAAGUGGAUAAAUUUGGUAACCACAGUUCACCUCAUUACAAAGGAACAGGAGUGUUUUAUAAAAUUACCAGAGAGAUGAUACCAAAGAAAUGGGAACAAACCUUACCAUAUGAAUAUUAACACCAGUCUCCACUGUGUAAAUUAGCAUUAACAUUACCAAAGCAUGAAAAAUUGAUCCACUGUCCAUGAAGUACAAAAAAUUUUUUUCUGAGUUCUUCAGAGGCCCUAUGGGACAACUUGCUGUUUUGGCUUGCAGAAGAGAUUGCAGAAGAUAAUACAUCAUUGUUUGCUUUAUGUUUACCUGUUUGACAGAGCAUACUGCAGCUGGUUCAGCUGAAGUGCCCUGAUAAUUUAACACACCAGAUCUAUGAGCUGCUUUGCUGCUAAAAAAAGACCCUUCCAAAGUCAGCAGACAAACAACAGCUCCUGUCUCGCUAUUUGCAGAAGAGUGGCAAAAGUGAUCUUUCAGAAGAACUUUGCUUAAAGUGGCAAAAUAAGGUGUUCAAUUGA